AUCUCCUUUAUACUUUCCUUAAACAAAAAAAAAAAUGAAAAGCAACGUACAGUUCGACCAGGGCAUUAUGAGGUUGUCUGCUUAUGAUCCUCUAUCUGAUCAAUAUGAAACGCGCGUGCUCACUUUACCUCAACUGCCCUCGUUUGAAUCCUUGGAACACCUAUUUAACGAAGAUCCUAUUAAGCCUUUGCGUAUGACCAAGUCCUGCUGCCACAAGUCCUCUACAGAGCAACUGCGUAUACGCAGAUGUCAAUCAAACCCUAAUUUUACUCAGCCCACAUUGUAUCCCGUCAAGCCCAAGAAAGGUAAAAUAAUAGCAAGAGACUGCUCAUUAUUCACACUCUUUAUUUAUUUAGGCGGUGGACCUAUACGUACCAAAAGAUCACUGUUCCAUGCUUUUACAGAUUUUAUACAAAAGGCAAAUAAAAAGAUUCGACCUACAAAGAAAGAUGUCUGGACUAAAGAAACAAAAUUUGACGAACUUCGAUUGUCUUCAGACUCUAGUAUUUCAACACUUCAGCUUGUCCAACCUUCCAUUUCACACUCUUCUUUAUUACUUGAGAAUUGGUGGUUGUCUAGUCCACCUAUCAGUGCUCAUUAAUCUCCUACAGAAAAAAGAAAAGCAUUUUCAUUGUUAUUUAUAAGGCAUCUAUACAUUCAUUCAUUGUUCUUUUUAUGUUCCCCUUCUUUCCUUUCUUUUCUCUCUUCCCCCCUUUUUUUUAUUGUAUUAAAGAACCAUUUAUUUCUUAUGUUUUAUUAUACAACUUCAUAUCGUAAUAAAGAUAUCUUCCUACCUUCACCACGAACAAAGA